AUGAAGUAUCAAACUGAAUAUCAACGAAAUUAUCAAAAUCGAACACCAAAAAGAUUCCAUGAACUUUCAGCGGAGGAGAGAAAAUUAAGCGAAGUACCAAAACGUUCAUCGUCAUCUCCAUCUCGUCGUCGUCGAUCACUACCAGCUUCACCAAAUCGAAAUUAUAAUGACACCGAUGAUAUUGUUGUCGUAGGACCUAAUGAAAAAUUUUCUACUUCAGCUCAUUAUCGAUUGAGACAUCCAGUUCAACACCAUCCUCGUGUUGCUAAGUCACAAGAAUAUGUCGUUUUAGGAAGAAAUCAAAAAUUUGAAGAUAAUGUUAUUUAUCCAUUAAGAAAUCCUGUUAUCACCAAUUCACCUAGAGUUGUAGUAAGACAACGUCCAAAUGAAAAUCAUUCGUGUGGCAUUCAAACUGAAAUCGGUAAUGCACCUAGUAAUUCAUAUGUUGCUCAAUAUCGACAAAAUGCUGGUUCGAAUAAAAAACGAACUGUUGGACGAAGUGAAUAUAAACAAAAAUAUAAUUGGAAACCUUCAACACAUGAUUUAGUUAACAAACAACGAUAUAAUGAAAAUUCUGAAUUGCGUGAUCGUCGUUUGGAAUUAAUGGAACCAUCGGCUCACUUUCAUCAGCCGAAAAACGUUUCUCUAGGUGUCAAUACAUCAAAACGUUUAGAAGAUGAUGUUCAUGCAAAUAGACAACAAGUAAAACGAUGUGUUCUGAAUUCAACUAAACCAUUUCGUCCAAUUCAUGAUAAAACAAAGGAACAUCGAAGAAAUGUUAAUCCAAAACAGCGAAAAGCCCACGAAGCUGAAGAAGUUCAAGAUCGAAAACGAAAAGAAUAUGUCGAAAUUGACCAUGCUCAUACAGAUGAUGAAGAUAUUGGUAGAAAUAUUGAUUUAGGAAAUGAAUUUCGACAAAAAUACCCACAUGGAAAACUAAGACGUUGGCAAUCGGAAUAUCAAUCGACCUAUAAACCAUUCUGGCGAUUUGAUUAUAAAAAUGGCAAAUGGUAUAAAGAUGCAUCAGUGGAAGAAACUGGUUUUAAUCCGAAUUUAUUUUGGUAUACAGAAUUGAUGUCAACAAGAAAACAAGCUGGUGAAUAUCGUUCUAAUGCAGAAAAAGAUCACCUAUAUCGUGAUAACAUUCUUCCAUCCGGUUUCGAUUCAAAUAAUUACUAUCGAGGGUGUAAUGUGAAUGCCAACGACGGUGAUACCAACAGUGUUAUUUCAAUCGAUCGUGAUUUAGAACGAGAACAUAUUGAAGGUGAAUGUCGUCGUGAAAAGGAUGCGCAACGACAAGUCAAUAAACCAAUUUAUUACACCAAACCAAAACAACCUGAAAAGGCAUUGAUAUUAAAAACUGAUCAAACGAUUCAAACUGAUCAUCCAAAUGAUCGUGUUAUUUAUAUUGACGAAAUACCAGCAAAAGAACCAGGUGUAGCCACACGAGCUUUUGUACGUAAUCUUAGUUCAUCAUCGAUGCAACAACAUAUGUCCUGGGAAUCAGACAGUCUGUAUAGCCGAGAAACAAACUCAGAUAUAUGCUUAGAUGAAACGAAAUAUACGAAUUAUAAACUGGCAGAUAAGAAUAAAAUGAUUCGUAAAAGAUUACCAAAACAACAAGAAUCUCGAGGUACAACAAUGCAUUCACCAUUAUCAGCAGCAUUAAAACAAAAUAAUCUAAAUAAUGACUGUAUUUCACCACAAGCACUUCAAAGAAUAUCUCAAUACAAGGAACCAAAUAGAUUUGCUAAUUAUUCAGUAGCAAGUAAUCAGGAAUCUCAUAAUGCUACGGGUCGACCAAGUUAUGAUGCACCUUUAUUUGAUAGACGACCUCAUUCGAGCACGAAUGAAUAUUGCUCAUAUCCAGGCAGUCGAUUUAAAGAUGAAGUGACAGAAUAUUAUUAUGGUAGAGAUGACAAUAGGCAACCAAAUCAACAUACACCGGCUUCAAAAUCUGCAUUUCAGCAUCAUCUACAGCGGCCUAAUGAAAAUUUCGGUCAAACUUAUUAUAGACGUCAUAAAGAUGAUGAUGAUGUUCUUUCGGUAAAUUCCGCUCGAUCGCUAACAUCAAGUUGUAGUUUAGCAUCAAAAACACUUGAACGUGCUCAAAAUAACAUGAAUAAAUAUUGGGGAGAGCCUGCAAGAACAUCGAACUGUUCACCCAAAAAACCAUAUCGUGGAGAAAAUUGA